AUUCCAGUUCUAGUCAGGUGCUCCGCUGCCUUCUGCUCGAUUCUGGGUCGAUCAUUACUGAUUUGACUCGCCCAAAUCUAUUUCAUCGAAGACAUCAUGAUAAAGUUGCAUAGUACUUUUAGUUUCGUUUUUACGUUAAUCGUUGUGUCAGAAAUAUCACCGUUACACGCCGAGAAUGCUGUACCUGUAUUAUUAUGGGGCGGUUCAGCUAAUUCUGAUUCAGGAAUGAAUGCAGUGAAUCCAUUUUUAAAAACUACUCGCGAUGAAUUCGAUUCAUUUCUACGUAAAAAAUUGGAAACAUCACCCCCCGUCCUUCUUUAUGUAAAAGAUAAUCUGUGCGUCGAAGAUUUAGUGAAACACAAAGAGAAUCUUCAUGCAGUCACUACCGGCGAUUCGAUGAAUUAUUUUCCUGCUGUUGAAAAAGCUGUAAAUGCUGUUGAAGAUUUACCUUCGUACAAUCAAACUUACAAUGAUUACAUGGAUUCGAUAUCCGAAGGACAAUUAUCGAUUAUGUCGAUUAGCAAUUUAGACAUAAUUCCAGAGACGUAUAAAACAAUUAAAGAUUCCAGCCCUACGUUGAUAGCUAUUCUCACAGGAAGAUCGUGUAGUUAUAGCCGUUCUGAACGAGUAAAGAGAGAAACCGCUGCAGAGAAUAAUUCUACCGCUUUUAUUGUUGUGUCGAAGAGAGUACUUUUGUAUUCUAGUCAAGCACUGUCACUAAAGCUUCCGGACAAAAACGAUACUUUAGAACUUCCGAUUAAACAUUCAAGUAGCGAAGAAGGAAAAGGAACAAAAGAUUCUCCAUUGAUAUUACAAUUGCAAUUCAACGAGACCGAUUCGUCGAUAAUUAAACACAAGCUCGCUUUAAAAUUUGAAGUUAAGAGUGCAGGAUAUUAUACUCUUAAAACAAUUAAUUACGAAGGAAUUAAUAACACAAACAAAAUAAGUGAUAAUCACAGCCUUACGACGAAUACAGAUAUUGUCUUUCCAUCAACAUUUUCUUAUCAUUGUUCACGGAAUAUUGUUUUCCAACAAAAUUCUACUGUCCUGAAAAUUACAGAUUUUCAAGUACAAAUUGAUGCAAAGCCAACUACAAAUGGAAAUACGUUUAGCGAUGCAUACGAUUGUGUUGGUUUUACUACAAUUCCAAUUUGGACAGGAAUAUUUGUCACUGCCAUAUUAGCUUUAAUCAUGAUUUGGGGUCUUACGAUGAUCAUGGACAUUCGUACUAUGGAUAGAUUUGAUGAUCCUAAAGGAAAAACAAUUACCAUUUCGACUCAGGAAUGAUAUAAUAUUGUCAAAUUAGUAAAAAAAACGUUCUUAUGUAAAUAUACAUCGUAAGUAGUAAUUACUCGAUAAAUUGUCAGAUUGAUUGUCAGUUCCAUGAUGAUGAUUGGAGUCUCUUUGAAUACCAUAUAUUGUUUAAAUAGAUUUGGUUGUAACGAUCGAUUGAUUUUAAUUUGAUGUAAUAAUAUUACAUUAUGAAAAGGUAAAUUUAAUCAUUCCAAUUACCUAAUAUUACGUUUUUUUCUUCAGUAUUUUUAUGUUAUGUAUGAUACUAUUUCGUUUCCAUAAUAUUUAUAACGAGGCCGUGCAUAAAUUGUAGGAAAAUUUACUUUUAGAACGAGAAAAGAAGUACAUGAUACUAUGUAUUAGAGUAUCUUUCAAUUAAUUGAUCAGUUUUGUGAUAUACUAAUGGUUAAUCGAAAACAGCAUGGAGUUUAUAAAAAAAUUCGUAUGAUACUUGUUGUGUAUAUUAUAGUGUAUUUCGCGUUGACUGUAAGAAACAUGUAAGCACAAUUUAAUGAGGUACACGUACUUUAUAGUUCAACCGUAGUUACCAACAUAUACAUACAAUUCAUUGAUAUAGAUGAAUAAAUACAUACAUACGUACACACAAUACCACAUAAA